AUGUCUCAAUUCAAGCGACAGCCACCACCCCAAAGCUAUGCAGUGGUCUCAUUCCCAGCGCCGCAUGUCAUGCUGGUGAUCUUCAACCGACCCAAAGCUCUCAACUCCAUGACAAGUAGCGGACAAUACGAACUGGAAUCUCUAUUCGCGUGGUACGACAACGAGCCCACGCUCCGAUGCGCAAUUGUGACAGGCGCUGGGCGCGCCUUCUGCGCCGGUAUGGACCUGAAAGAAUGGAACGCAUCUAAUGCGCGCCGUGCGCGCGGUGAGCUCGAGCCCCCCAUGAUGCCGCGGUCAGGGUUCGGCGCGCUAUCCCGGCGACACGGCAAAAAGCCCGUUAUCGCAGCAGUGAAUGGACUUGCCUUUGGUGGGGGAAUGGAAAUUGUUGCGAAUUUGGAUCUGGUUGUUGCGGCGCGCAGUGCAAAAUUCGCACUUCCUGAAGCAAAGCGUGGCGUUGUUGCUAUGGCGGGUUCAUUGCCCAGGCUGGCGAGGACUAUUGGUCGUCCGCGUGCGACAGAAAUGGCGCUUACGGGGAAGAGUAUUACGGCUGAUGAAGCUAGGGAAUGGGGGCUUAUCAAUGCUGUUACGGAUGAUGCUGCUGGUGACGCGGAGGUUUUGGAGAGGCCUGUUGUGAAGGCUGCUUUGGAAUUGGCUGCUAGCAUCGUGGAUAAUAGUCCCGAUAGUGUGAUUAUUAGCCGGGCGGGAAUCGUUGCUGGGUAUGAGGAUGGCAGUUCGGAAAAUGCCAGUCGGCUCUUGAGUGAGAAUUGGGGUUCUGCGCUUGAUGAUGGCCAGAACCUGCACGAAGGUGUGCUUGCAUUUGCUGAAAAACGGCCACCAAGAUGGGUGGACAGCAAGCUUUGA